AAAUACUGUUGAGUUGACGAAAAAGACAUUGAGUGGUACGCACGUUCCACAUUUCUAUCACAAAGAAGAAAAUAAGAGUUUUUUGAUCGCCGACCAUAUCUCCGGAGUAGUAGAGAAGUAGAUAAACUCAAGCUUCUUGCAUUAGUUAGAACCUUAUUGAAUGGUCUUUUAGUUUUUUUUUUGUAAUGGGAUGUAUCUGCGCCACCGCCCGUACUCCAACCGCCGCCGUAGCCAACAACGAGCUCUUAAACUCCAGCAAGUCCACCCUUCAUCUCAUCUCCCAUCCUCCAUCUUCGUCCUCUUCUUUAUCCAAAAAGGAAGGUUCUUCCACACGUCCCAGCUCUGUAUCUUCCAUCACCGUCGUGGCCAAUGGUCAUCCAGUGGCGCGUCGUCCCUCCAGUACCUCAUCUGAUCGAAACAGUAACAAGCCGGUGGUUAUCGUUGGAGCUAUGAGUAGGAACCACUCCAGAAGAGUCACGGCUAUGCAGGUGGUGCAGCAUUCAGGGCGUUUGACCGGAAACAAAACCGAAACCGCUGAAUGGCCAUCUUGGCUGGCUUCUGUUGCCGGAGAAGCCAUCAAGGGAUGGGUUCCUCGCUACGCAGACUCAUAUGAGAAGUUAGACAAAAUUGGACAGGGGACUUACAGCAGCGUGUACAAAGCAAGAGACCUUGAAACGGGGAAGGUUGUGGCUAUGAAGAAAGUUCGGUUUGUGAAUAUGGAUCCAGAGAGUGUUAAGUUUAUGGCAAGGGAGAUUCUCAUCCUCCGCAAGCUUGAUCACCCUAACGUUAUGAAGCUUGAAGGUCUAGUCACCUCUAGACUCUCGGGUAGUCUCUACCUUGUCUUUGAGUACAUGGAACAUGACCUCGCGGGUCUAGCCGCAACUCCUGGAAUCAAAUUCUCUGAAACUCAGAUCAAGUGCUACAUGCAACAGCUGUUCCGUGGUCUGGAACAUUGCCACAGACGAGGUAUCCUCCACCGUGACAUCAAGGGAUCGAACCUCUUGAUUAACAACGAAGGUGUUUUGAAGAUUGGUGAUUUCGGUUUAGCUAAUUUUUACAAGGGUGAUGGAGACUUGCAGCUGACAAGUCGCGUUGUAACGUUAUGGUACAGAGCACCUGAGCUCUUGCUCGGUGCCACUGAGUAUGGACCAGCCAUAGACCUGUGGAGUGCAGGCUGCAUUCUCACUGAGCUCUUCGCUGGAAAGCCUAUUAUGCCAGGACGCACAGAAGUGGAGCAGAUGCACAAGAUUUUCAAGCUGUGUGGUUCACCUUUGGAAGAUUACUGGAAGAGAGCAACUCUACCACUUGCAACAAGCUUUAAACCGAGCCACCCUUACAAGGCUGUUCUAGCUGAAACCUUCAGUCACUUCCCUGCAUCAGCUCUGACCCUCAUCAAUAAGCUACUUGCAAUAGAACCUGAGAGACGUGGCUCAGCUGCUUCUGCCUUGAGGAGCGAAUUCUUCACCACGGAGCCACUCCCUGCUGAUCCAUCAAACUUACCUAGAUACCAACCAAGCAAGGAACUUGACGCUAAGCUUCGCAAUGAAGAAGCAAGAAAACUAAGGGCAGAGGAUAAAAAGAGAAGAAGGGGAGAGACUGUGACUAGUGGACAACCAAGAGAUGUUAAAACUGCUCAGACACCUGAGCUAACGGCCGCAGGGCAGUCCAAGGUCACGUGCAUAAGUCAUAAGUUUAAAACAGACGAGGAAGGUGGAACCGGGUUUAGGAUUGAACCACCUAGAAGAGGGGGGUCUCAGCAGAAUGGCCACGCUCAGGCUUCUUCAGUGGUUCACCCGAGUGUUGCUGAUACAGAAUGGAACAGAGGAGGAAGCAUCAGAAGGCAAACUAAUGCAGAGCUGAAGUCUAGGAUCGUACAAACAGGAAACUUGUCUGGUGAUUCUUGUAGAGGAGGUUCCAACAGAGAUUACUCAGCCGGAAACGCGCCGAUGAAAAACAGAAUCGUUUACUCAGGACCGUUGAUGCCUCCUGGUGGAAAUAUUGAAGAGAUGCUCAAAGAGCAUGAGAAGCAGAUCCAACAUGCUGUCCGCAAAGCCCGUGUCGAAAAGUAUGGGUAAAAUAAGAACCAAGCAUUAGCAAGGUAGCAGCAGCAACUAAAAGAGAGAGAGAGAUAUGAACAAGAAGAAGAAGAAAUUUAAACAACAAUAGCACAUGUUUUGAGGAUUCCUCAAGCCACAGAAACUCAUAAGCGUUUUUGUUCUUGCCCCUUUUUGUGCGUGAAGCCAGGGAUUGAUGCAAUGUAUAUAGUCAAUUUUUGUUUCUUAGGCCAACAAGAUUGACCACACUAUAAUGUUGUACAGACACCAGAAGGUCUAUAUUCUCAGU